AUGGGGAAGCUCAACGAAGAUCGGUUUUACAAAGUCAUGUUGUGGGUGCACAAUAACCACCCUCUAACCAUGUCUUUGAAUGUCAUGGCUUUUGGGGGUUUAGGUAUGUUCAAGGAUCUUUUGGGGGUUCUGUAUAGGGUUUUGGAGGAUUCCAUAGAAAAACCAAACAACGAAUACUCGCGGUGGAAUUAUGAUUAUUCUCGGGAAGAAGAGACAUCAACAAAUAAGGAAGUCAAUUCUUCAUAUGAUAAAGCCACGCUGAUAUGUGAAAAUAUAGCUAGGAGAAUGUUCCCGAAGCAUUGUUAUGAAGAAUACAAAGAUGUUGAGGAAGCUCAUUAUGCCUACAGGGUUCGUGAGCGCCUGCGGAAACAGGUACUCAUUCCUCUGCGCAAAGCCUUAAAAUUAUCAUCGGUGGAGAUGAAGAAUACGUUGGCUUUCGAAAACAGCAAAGCCUUUAAUGGUUUGAAAAUAUACAAGGAGAUUUCUAACCAUGGUUAUCUAAAGGGAAGCAAAUUACUAUUUCAAAAGUGCAUGAAGCUUGUGGAGAUGUUUGGGAAUCCAAGCAUUGGUGACGGGCUGAAACUUCCUAACGAUAUUGUAGCUUCCUUGAUGGGCAAGGAACAUAGUGAUGAAGUUGUGGAGCGUCAAUGGCGGAAACUAGUCCAAGAGUUGUCAAACCAAGGCAAGCUGAGGAAUUGUCUUGCCGUGUGUGACCUUCCCCUGAACAUGAGAGGGACAUACAAGGAGACAGCUUGUAUUUCACUGGGGUUAUUGAUUUCAGAGCUGAGCGAAAAUCCAUGGAAAGGAAAGGUUUUCUCAUUCAAUGAAACUCCAACACUUCAAAAGAUCGAAGGAGACGAUCUUGAAUCCAAGUGUGAGUUCAUGAGACACAAGUCACACAACAUAGAGUGUGGAGACAAAGUUGAUUUCUUCAAGAUUUACAACCAAGUCUUGCAAAUUGCCAUUGAACAAAAGCUAAGCAACGAGCAGUUGCCCAAGAGGAUUUUUGUGUUCACUUAUAGGGAUUUCGAGGCGGCUUCCAAGAACAAUUGGGCUGAAGAUUAUAAAGAGGCAUGGACUAAUUACAGAAGAAGAGGGUACGCAAAUGUACCACUGGUGGAGGCUAGGACUCAAUACAAAAAGAAAGGGUACAAAACUCUGCCACACAUUUUGUUUUGGAAUCUUAAGAAUUCCAUUGUUGAGCCAGAGAUAAUUUGUAGCCCUGUUAAUAACAAAUGUGGGGGGCUGAUUAUAACUGGGUUGUCGAACAGUUUGAUCAGUAUGUUCUUAGUGGGAGAGUCGGAUUCGAGAACAUAUGCACCUCAUGGUAUCGGUUCGCUGUCGGUACUGAAAUUUCUUCCCAAAGCAGAGGAUGUGAUGAAAUCUGUAUUUUUGAGAGAUGAAUUAUUAAAUUACCUCCUUAUAUUGGAUUGA